CUGAAGCGCAGUGGUUCCUCCGACCCCCGCCCCAUAUCCAGCCCCCCAAUAAGAGGGAUGGGAGAGCUUAGUUCUUCAGGGUCCGGCUGACGUGAAUGUAGCAGCUAAUGAGAAAUGAUAACAGUUCUUUCCUCGACACUCAAAGUGGAGCAGUUGGAAGAGCCUGGAAAAGCAGUCCGUGCUCGACCUCGGGAAUAAUAUUGCAUGAAACUUAAACAAAAUAACAGGGUGGAUCGGAGGCAGUUGUUGUGCACUUUACGUUUGAUUUAAUCUUCGCUGUCUUGUAAAUGCCAGUUAAUUAAUGUUGACAAACUGAGGAAACUAACAUUGCGCUGUGCUUGGAUCAUCAGCUUCCUGGUUGCUAUCGACUCUCAGAACAGCUGGAUAUAUAAAAAGCUGUACAGAUAAGGGCGACGCUAAAAGCGAACACUUUAUUAAAAUGAAUAACAGUAAACCUGAAAAAGAGAACGAAUCAAAUGACUACACCAACCACGAAGAAGAGGUUCGGACUCUGUUCGUCAGUGGUUUGCCACUCGAUAUCAAACCCCGGGAGCUUUAUCUCUUGUUCAGACCAUUUAAGGGUUAUGAAGGCUCUCUAAUAAAGCUCACCUCCAAACAGCCGGUCGGCUUCGUCAGCUUCGACAGCCGGUCAGAGGCGGAAGCGGCGAAGAACGCUCUGAAUGGGGUCCGCUUCGACCCGGAGAUUCCCCAGACCCUGCGGCUGGAGUUCGCCAAAGCCAACACCAAGAUGGCCAAGAACAAGCUGGUGGGCACUCCCAACCCCCCUCCGUCCCAGCAGAGCCCCGGACCCCAGUUCAUCAGCAGAGACCCAUAUGAGCUCACAGUCCCAGCUCUGUACCCCAGUAGCCCUGACGUCUGGGCUCCAUUUCCUCUGUACCCCGCGGAGCUGUCCCCUGCUCUACCUCCCGCUUUCACCUACCCCUCCUCGCUGCACGCUCAGAUUCGCUGGAUCCCUCCCGCCGACGGCGGUCCCCAGGGAUGGAAGUCCAGGCAGUUCUGCUGAAAUUUCUGUAUCUGAUGUGUGAUGGCGGCCACAGAUGGUCUUGAUAGUUGAUCUGUCCUGAAGUCCAACCCGGAGGAAUCCCAGCCUCGUUACCUGAACUGUGGACCGUUGGCGACAACACCUCUCUGGGCCCAAGGAACUUCAAGACCUCUGCUUCGAUCACACAUCUCCCCAUCACAGCAUCUCUCUUUCCCUUUCCUCUUCUUUCUUUUUUUACUGUUACAUACUAAAGAUUUCUUCUUAUUAUCUCUCUUCUUAUUAUUGUUAUUAUUGUUGUUGUUGUUUAUUAUUAUGAUCAUUGAUUACUAUAAUACGAGUUGAAGCAUGACUUGCCAAAAGAAUGCUGUAAAUUUUUAGAUAUUUUGAGUAAAAAAUACAAGUAUUUUUGUAUAAAGCAAAUGUUAAAAAUCAUUGCGUUUUGUGCUGUUCUGUUGAUUUAAGUAUGUGAGGAUCCAUGUUAAAAAAUUAGUUUCCGCACCUGGCACUGCAGUCAGUGAGUCACUGUGGUGCUCUGCCCUGUAAGCGAGAAUCAGUAUCUCAUAAACUGCCAGAUCCAAGAUUAUUUAGUAAUGUUGUGUUUCUCUUAUUAUUCUGAUUUCUUCAGCUCUUUUUCCUUUUGUGUUUUUAUUAUUGCUAUUUGCGAAACAGACAACAACACAAGGGAAAAGGCACAUUUUAGGAAUUUGCCACAGACAAAAGUGUACUGGAGCGGUUUCAUAAAUGUGCCUUACUGUUGAUGCUCCUUCUUCAGAUUCAACCUUGGUUCAGCUUGAGAAGUCAGACUUCUGACUGGAGCAAAGAAUCUCUGACUGAAAAAUACAAGAUCUGUCACAUAUAUGACUACGGUUUGAUUUUUGCUCUGGGUUCGCCCAAGGCUUCUGAAAUCGGGAAGCAUCCGCCACAUCAGACUCAGACUGAGACCUCCAGCCUUAUGUGCAGCAGUUCACCAAGAUGGCGCAAGACUGUCUCCAACACAUUCUGAGUAUGCGAAAGGCUGUCAGCCAACUUUAACCUGAGUGCACAAACAACAACAACAACAACAACAACAAAAUGUAUUACUUUGGAGACAUAUAAGAAAUGGACCAUUUGAAGCCCUGCACUCCCAUUGGAGGACACUAGGCCACAUGAUUCUGUGGGAGGCCGGCAUUGACAAACCAAAACCAUGCUGGUAUAACACAGCAAAAAACAACAGAGCUAAUGGAAAAUUUACAGUUUCUCUGUCUUUUGAAACAAUAAUAUCUUGAAUUUUUAUUUGUAAAGUGUGCCUUUGUGUUGUCAUUUUUUCAGGCGUCUCUCAACACGUUCUGUCUGUCAUUAAAUUGUUAUUAUAAUAGAUUUUUGGACUUUGUCUAAAAAAGGAUUUAAUAAGUAAUAAGAGUUAGUGAACAUGGAUGACGAUUUAGCCUCAGAUGUUAUUUCAUGUUGAUUUUGAAUAUUAAAUUGUUGAGAAAAGUCUGCCCCUUAGUUUUCAGCUGACAAAUUGAACUCAUUAUAACAUCACUAGCCUCUAUCUGUUUCUGAAUUUUGAAAGCAAGUCGGUCUUCUUUACCAUCCUAUGAAACCAAUUUGGUACACAUGCAAAUGAAAUUAGUUUUUUUAUACUAAUGUACAAAUAGUUGACCUAUUAAGUUGACCUAUUCAUUUGCCAUAGAAAUAAUGACAGCUAAGUAUAGGAAAAUAAUUAUUUUUUUGAUGUUUGAAUUAAUAUUUGAUGAUGCAAUGGCUGAUUCUGUUCUCUAGGUCUCAGUGAGAUGCUGUGUGAUGUUCAGACAUGACACCCUUUCACUCACACCUACAAGCACGUCACAAAACCUGUAAUGGGCAACAUUUAAAGACUAAAGUUUACGUCAGACGUUCCCGUACUGUGGAUCAAGACCCAAAGCUGGGCCAAAAUAAAACACAAAUGUACUGUAAGUCAUACCAGCCAAAUCGACUUGAACCUACUACAUGACCUAGUUGCAGUAUAUGUGUUGUUUUGAAGUAAUUAUUAUUUUUUAAUUGUUUGUUUGUUGGAGCAUAUAUGAUUGUUUGGCUGCGUUUUAGUCAGGGGGAGGUUUUAAGAAAAUGUAUCUAUUCAUUAAUUGGCUCCUGGGCUUGCUUUGGAGCCACUGUGUUUGGAGUCAAAUGGAGUCAAAAUGGAGUCAAAUGGCAACUGCUAUAGAGUAGAAGAGUAUUUAGAAGCUGCAAAAGAAUAUUACCCAAUCAUUUUUUGCUUUCGCAAGGCAAAGGCUGUUGUCCUUUUAAUGUUUACCAAAGCAAUAAUAGGGAUAAUUAAAGCAGUGAGAUGAGUAUAUGUACAUGGGAUGUAAACUAAAUGUGUACCUAGGAAGUUAAAUUUAAUGUUUUGAGUCCUGUUUCCCAGUCCUGAAAAGCACAACUUCACCGAAAUAUUACACUGCUGAAAACUGAAAAGACUGAUAAUAUGUCUGCCUGCAAUUUACUGACUGAGUGGAAGGUGCAUGUUUAUUUAAUGUUUGCCCAUUUGUUUUCUGAAAAAAAUAUAUAGGCAUGUACAGAUGUGUCCACUAUAAGGAGAAAUUAUAGUAUUUCAAUGAACGAUUGUGGUCAUAUUAGGGAAUUUUGCAAAAAAAAAAAAAAAGAUUGUGCAAAAAAUAAACAUUUUUAUCAAAAUCGAAGAGCCAAAUAAAGAUAACUUGCAUAAGCCAUUGA